GAAGACUCGGCAAGGGAUGAAAUUCUUUCAGGGAAACAUCCUUUCUUCCUCCUUUCUCUGUGUUUCGAACAUUUUUAGUGAAGAGAGAGAGAGAGAGAGAGAGAGUCUGAUCUGCUUGGAUUGCGAAGUAAAGAAAAAGGUAAGCGGGCAUGCACGAUCCAUCAGUCUUCUCUGUCGGAAAUUGUUGAAUUUCGUUCUGUUUGUCCCGUAUGGGGCAUUUUGGAUUCCCAAUCUCUUUUAGCUUUUCAUGUUUGCCGGUUUUCUCUCUCAAGAAUAUUCACGCAGGCGGAGUGAUAGAUUGAAUGCACAUUUCUCGUUUCUGAUCAAAUCAGAUUCCAAAGCAAAAAACAUGAUUAGUGCCGACUCGGAAGAGCUGUAGGUCACACUUCAAUUCUUUCAUCAAAUUCUUUUAUUGGGGGCAAUAAUGAUUUCGCAUGAGAAUUGCUUGAACUUCACUUCAGCAACUUUAAUUUCUACUAACUAGACAUAGAAGGCUUUACGUUAUUGAAUCCAAAUCAGUAAGCAUAGAUAAAGGAAUUAUCGGGGAGCUGGGUUUGGCUUCUCGAUCCGAAGUUAGAAAUGGCUUCCGCUGACAAAGCGAGCUCCAAAGCCCAAGCAUGGUUUUGCACGACGGGGUUACCGAGCGACAUUGUGAUAGAAGUUGGUGACACGACCUUCCAUCUCCACAAGUUUGAUGCUUUUUGUGCAUGCGAUGGUUAUGAUUUGUUCGCUCAGUUUCCUCUGAUGUCCAAAAGUAGAAAGCUUCACCUUCUUAUAACGGAGCAAGAAGAGACAAAUUUUACUACGCUCCAAACGACCUCUGAAGACGAAGUUUGCGAAGCAGACGAUGAGGAGCUUCAGCAGGAGCUCUGCCACAUCUCUCUACCAGAAUUCCCGGGUGGUUCCGACGCCUUCGAGACUGCUGCGAAGUUUUGCUACGGCGUUAAGAUUGAACUCUCUUCUUCCAAUGUCGCCCCUCUCCGAUGCGCCGCGGAGUUUCUCGAAAUGGCCGACGACUACUCCGAAGACAAUCUCAUCUCAAGAACAGAGAGAUUUCUCUCCCAUUCUAUCCUCGAGAGUCUUAAAGAAUCCAUCAAUACCUUAAAAUCGUGCGAGCCGCUGAUGCCCAUUGCAGAGAGGUUGAACAUCCCGCAGAGAUGCGUUGAUUCUAUAGCUGUGAGAGCGUCUGCCGCCGACCCGUCGCUAUUUGGGUGGCCGGUGAACGACGGAGAUGGAGAUCCGUUCAGAGCUUAUUCGAAACAGAUCUUAUGGAAUGGCAUAGAUACUGGCAUGCGUCGAAAGGACGCCGGUAAGGCUAGUGGUCCGGACUCGUGGAUUGAGGAUCUCGCGCAUCUGAGCCUUCCUCUGUUCAGGCAUUUGAUUUCGGCCAUGAGAUCUCGAGACCUGAGUGCGGACAUUAUAGAGAGUUGUGUGAUUUGUUACGCGGGGAGGUACAUUCCAGGCAUUACUCGUUCCGGUAGGAAGUCGUCAUCGUCGGCAUCCGUAGCUUCAGAGACUGAGCAGAGAGAACUGUUGGAGACGAUUAUUAAGAGUCUUCGGCCAGAGAAGAGCUCGAGAUCUGCAACGGCGACGAGGUUUCUGUUCGGAUUACUAAGAACGGCAAACAUUUUGACCGCAUCGGAAGCUUGUCGAGCUGCUUUGGAGAAGAAGAUCGGGUCGCAACUGGAGCAUGCAACCUUGGACGAUCUUUUGAUUCCAAGUUAUUCAUAUCUGAACGAAACGCUUUACGACGUCAAUUGCGUGGAAAGGAUUUUAAGCUACUUCCUGGAGGUUUUGGAAGAGAGAUCUGCUGCUGGAAUCGAAGGCGAUGAAGGCGCCAGAUCGAGCGCGCUGAUGUUUGUCGGAAAAUUGAUCGACGGAUACCUGUCAGAGAUCGCUUCGGACGCCAAUCUGAAGCCGGAAAAGUUCUACGAACUAGCCGUCAUUCUUCCCGAACACGCUCGGCUCUUCGACGACGGCCUCUACAGAGCCAUUGAUGUGUAUAUAAAGGCGCAUCCAUGGAUAUCAGAAGCAGAGCGCGAGAAGAUCUAUGGAGUGAUGGAUUGCCAGAAGCUCACACUGGAGGCCUGCACUCACGCCGCACAGAACGCGCGCCUUCCGUUACGAGCGGUGGUUCAGGUGCUCUUCUUCGAGCAGCUUCAGCUCCGCCACGCGAUCGGGGGAUCUCUACUCGCCGCGGACCUGGAACCGCUGCGGUACUCGGCCAGGACUUCCGUCACGAGGCGGGGAAACGAAGAGGAUGACAGCGACGAUGCGGCGGGAGAGGCACCAGUUGGGGAUGACAGAGGUUGGCGGGCGGCGGUGAGAGAGAAUCAUGUGCUGCGGCUGGACAUGGACAGCAUGAGGACGCGCGUGCAGGAGCUGGAGCGUGAGUGCUCCAAUUUGAAGAAGGCCAUCGAGAAGAUCGAUAAGGUGGGCCCAGGUGGAAGUGGGUCCCGUAGAGGCUCCUCCUUCACGGAGAAGUUAGGGUGCAAGUUCAAAACCCAGGUGCGAGAUUCGCAUGAACCAACGGCUGCAGGAGGGAGGAAGAGUCAGCAUCAUCACCAUCGCAAACAUGACGCGCUUGUGUGACAUAACGAUUUUGAGUUUUUUUUUUUUUAAUGGAAAUAUUUAAAUUAAAAUAAAAUAAACAUGAUUGUAAGGUUUUCGGCCGAAUAAUUAAAUAAAUAAAUUUAAUGAACUUUUUAA